AUGUGGUUCAUUUUAGCAUUGUGUGCACUGGUUAAAGCUUUCCAUGCAGACUUCUCGGAAAUUGGAUCUGGCGCUCCGGUCUCAGAGGGGUUCAACACACAUCUGAAUCUCUUCACACAAAGAGUGGAUUUACUUGAGCAGCUCUCAGGCUUAGUACCAACCAGCAGGAACGUGACCCUUUAUGAGGAGGACAAGGGAUGUCCAGUGCUGGACAUUGGCCUGUAUUCCACACUCACUAUGCCCACCCAGGAAGCAUUUGGAAGCUUUGCAGAUGAAUUCAGUGUGCUGAUUCAAUUGCGGAGCUCACAGGAAGAGGACCGGAGUGUGUUGACUUUGCUGAACUUCUAUAAUCACAUUUUACUCCAGAUCCGUAUAGGUCCACACAGCAUCACCUUCAUCACCACUCAGCAGCGCGUCUAUGAGUUUUCAGUGUCAGGACUGUCUGACUCGCAGUGGCACUGGAUCUCAGUUGGGGUUGCAUUUGAAUGGCUGGCUGUCUAUGUGGACUGUGUGCUGGUGGAGAAAGUGAGCUGGAUGUACCCGUACAUGGGCAUCACUACAGAUGGCCUGCUGAUGAUGGGGGGAAUCCUGGAGGGAUUUGAGACACCUUUUGAGGGAGAGUUGAGACAGAUGACCUUCAUAAUGGGAGAUGCAAAUGCUGCCAAGGAUCAUUGUGCUCUUCAUCAGCACUUGUGUGAACCAAUGAAAGGACGCAGCUUUCUUAAGACGGAAAGUAGCACUGAGAACUCCAGUGUCUCUAAGAAUGAAGAUCUUCAUAGUAAAUGGGAUAUUUCGUCUUAUCUGAACAGAACUUCAAAGCAUUCACUUCGUGGCUUUGUAGUGGUGGACGAGUCUGACCUUCUCACGUCUCCCGCCAUCAGCACACAUAGCAGGUAUAAGGACACCAGUGACAAAAAGAUCCAGUCCACCACCUUGAAAUCAUCAGAGGAGAACUUCGCCUCUCAAAAACUGAAAACCGAUUUGGGUGAAGGCCGUUUUGAGCGGCUCCCUUUGAAGCCCUCUAGGGACAUUGCUGACCUGGAUUCUAUUUUGAAUGUGAAGACAUCAGCUGGUCAAAAGGAUCUGGUCAGGCCUACGGUCCAUCCUGAGUUAAACCAGCUGACUGAAGAAGGUUUCUUACUUCCUUCAGAGAGCUUUGAUGUAGUUAAAAAGCCUUUGGUCAGUGUUCACUCAAAAAAAGGAUAUGAAUCGCUUGUAGGCAGUGGACAAGCUGACUACAAGCACUCAAGCAAGAAAAGAGUUGCAUUUAAACAUGGUGAUGUUAUAUUAGGCAAGGAUGGAAGGAGAUACCAGCUCCUCAGUGGACCUCCAGGGCCUGUUGGACCACCAGGCAAAAGAGGGUGUGCAGGGAAAAGGGGCUAUAUUGGAUACAAGGGUGAUAAGGGUUCUCAAGGAGUCCGAGGAGCAGAUGGGCCAAGGGGCAUACCAGGACCUCCAGGUCCACCAGGACUCCCAGUCCUCUACCUUUGGAGGAACACAGAGGAGGAUUGGGCUGCAUUUAGGAGAACAUCUUAUUACCAGUUGCUGGCAGCUGGAUGGCCAAGACAGACAGGACACCCUGGACCAGUGGGUGAGAUGGGGAGACCAGGUUUACCUGGGUUACCUGGAGACCCAGGUCAGACAGGACCACCAGGCCGAAGAGGCGAUAUGGGUGGCAUUGGACCCAAGGGUGUUCGAGGCCGAGCAGGGACUCAAGGAAGAGAUGGAGAGAAAGGUCCAGAUGGAGCGACAGGAUCUCCAGGUGUCCCUGGUCUACAGGGUCCUCAUGGUUACAAAGGUGACACAGCGCCCCCUGGUGAGAAAGGAGAUGAGGGUUUUCCUGGUGCUCCUGGCCCCAGAGGAGACAAUGGACAGACUGGCCAGAAGGGCUCAAAAGGAGACAUUGGGUUUACUGGCUUUUCUGGUCCUCCAGGACCGGUUGGUUUACAAGGUUUUCAAGGGAUUCCUGGGCCACCUGGUCCUAAGGGGGAUCCAGGGAAUGAUGGAAAACGUGGUCCUCCAGGGACAGUAGGAGCACCAGGUGCUACAGGAUUGGUUGGAGCACAAGGUGUUAAUGGCUCAGAAGGGGAUAUUGGACCUGCUGGCCCUGUGGGGCGGAAAGGCCCUCAGGGGCCUAGAGGGAUCGAGGGAGAUAGAGGCCCACCUGGUCAUUCAGGAUCACAGGGACUUAAAGGUCAGGCUGGUCCACAGGGUCUCAGAGGUUACAUAGGGCCAGAGGGUCCAGCAGGUAACAGAGGGCUACAAGGCAUUGAAGGGCCCAUGGGUGCAACUGGAGAUCCAGGUCCAAAAGGCUUUCUAGGUGUCACAGGCAAUAGAGGACCGGAUGGAGAGAAAGGUGACCGAGGACCCAAGGGGAUAAAAGGACCAAAAGGAGCGCCAGGGAUCAUGGGUCCUCAGGGUGAGAGGGGCCAGCCAGGCCUCCCCGGCUUACCUGGUGUCAAAGGUCAGCCAGGUGCUCCAGGUAUCCAGGGUAUAGAUGGUGAAGUGGGUCCUCAGGGAACGCUUGGAAAAGAGGGUCAAAAGGGCAGUAGGGGUGAACCUGGGGAUCAUGGAAGAACAGGACUCCGAGGAUCAAGAGGUCGAGCAGGCCAACAUGGUCCCCCUGGUGUACCUGGAAUAGUGGGUUUAAGAGGUCCAGUUGGUGCAGAGGGACCAGAAGGAAAGCCUGCAAAGUAA